CUGAAAAAGAGCUAUUGGAUAUGACGGACAUAGCAGAAAAACGGAGAAAAGUGAUGAGUAUGAGCAGAGUAGGACUGCUCAACUGGGAUGUGAUAAGAGAUGUUGUUUACGAUCAGCGAGAAAGAGAGAGAUGAAGACAAAUUAUAUAAGAGAGUGUGAAAAAUUGAUGUGAGAGCGAGAUAAUCUCCUGCCGGUCCUGGAAUUUAGUGUUAUUUACAGUGUAUCAGCAGGGCAGUUUGCUUCGUGAUCAGAGGGAACGUCGGACUCGGGUUUUAGGUUAACUUCUCCUAUCGCUGUUUUUCUUUUUUUCUAUUCCCAUCACUUAAUUUUUCGCGAUAAGCCCCGUUCUGUCAAUAGCCAAGGAGAAAAAAUGUCUUCUUUUGCCCUCGGAGCUUCUCUCUGUCGCCAACUGCUUCCCGGAUUCAAAAUCUUCCGCGCUUCCGGACGAAAUCUCAGCUUGCUGGAGUAUCAGUCAAAGCAGCUGCUUGACGAGAGCGGAGUCUCCAUCCAGAAGUUUCGAGUUUUGGCAGCGAAAAAUGACACCAAGCCGCUGAAUGACUUCCAAGUGCCAGAGUACGUAGUGAAGGCUCAAAUCCUAGCCGGGGGGCGCGGUAAAGGCCACUUUGACAAUGGCUUUAAGGGAGGAGUUCAUCUCACGCGAAAGGCCGAUGAAGCAAUCUCGCUGGCUGAUAAGAUGCUGGGCCAAAAACUCAUCACGAAGCAAACGCCAAAAGAGGGUAUUCUCGUGCGGAAGGUUAUGGUGGCCAAGAGUGUGGAUAUUGUGAGGGAGACUUACCUGUGCAUUCUCAUGGAUCGCGACCACAACGGGCCCGUACUUAUAGCCUCGCCUGCCGGUGGAAUGGACAUCGAGGCAGUGGCUGAGGAGACCCCAGAGAAGAUUAAGACCGUACCGAUUGACAUCACGAAAGGCAUCACGAGAGAGCAGAGCGACUCAGUGGCUGCUUUCUUGGAGUUCAAGGGUGCUCUGAAGGAAAAAGCAGCGCUGGAGAUUGAAAAACUGUGGCAACUCUUUCUCAAAGUCGACGCCGUCCAGAUAGAGAUUAAUCCUCUGGCAGAGACGAGCGAAGGAGAAGUGAUUUCCGUGGAUGCCAAGCUUAAUUUCGACGACAAUGCUCAAUUCAGACAGAAGAGGAUCUUCGAGAUGGAGGAAGAGACUGAAGCCGAUGCCCAGGAAGUGGAAGCGGCCAAGUAUAAUCUCAAUUACAUCUCCAUGGACGGGAAUAUUGGGUGCUUGGUAAAUGGAGCUGGUCUGGCGAUGGCCACAAUGGAUAUUAUCAAGCUCAACGGCGGGAAUCCGGCCAAUUUCCUGGAUGUUGGCGGUGGCGUGAAGGAGGAUCAAGUACUGAAGGCAUUCCAGAUCCUCCUCUCGGACAGCAAAGUCAAAGCGAUCCUGGUGAAUGUCUUCGGCGGAAUUGUAAACUGUGCCACAAUUGCCAAUGGUGUUGUAAACGCCUCCAAGGCUAUCGACCUGAAACUUCCAGUUGUGGUGCGCUUGGCGGGAACGAAUGCGGAGGAGGCUCGCAACAUCAUCCUGUCCUCGGGACUCAAUCUCAUCCCAGCCUCAGACCUCGACGAUGCUGCCACAAAAGCCGUGAAAUCCCUGGCAAAAUGAUCUUUUUGGCGAAACGACGAAGUCCCUCGAACAAAUUCUAGGCGGCAUUUAUCACCGUGACCCGCGUGACCAUAUUUUUUCGCUAUUGUUUUUUUUUCACGAAAAGUUGCAAGUUUAUAGAUGUAGGGUGAAUAAAUUUUUCAAGAAUUAAA